AAUAGUUGUAUGACAUUAUAAUAAAUAAGGACUUAAUUUCAUUAGCCUCUACACAGAGAGAAGAAAAGAGUUCAGCAAUGGCUUCCAUCAUCGUUCCUUCUCAUGUUUCUGUUGUUGAAGACGCAGAAGCUCUCAGAAAAGCUGUUCAAGGAUGGGGGACUGAUGAGAAGGCUAUAAUUUUACUUCUUGGGCAUAGAAAUUCAGCUCAGAGGAAGCAAAUCAGGAUUGCUUAUGAGGAAAUUUACCAGGAAGAUCUUGUCAAGCGCCUUGAAUCUGAGCUUUCUGGGGAUUUUGAAAGAGCAAUUUAUCGGUGGGUAUUGGAACCAGCAGAUAGGGAUGCGGUUUUGUGUCAUGUAGCUAUCAGGAAACAUGAACCAGACUACCAUGUGCUCGUAGAAAUUUCUUGCAUCCGAUCACCGGAAGAGCUAAUUGCCAUAAGGCGUGCCUACCAGAUCCGCUACAAGUGUUCCUUGGAAGAAGACGUUGCAGCUCAUACCUCGGGAGAUAUUCGAAAGCUAUUGGUUGCUCUAUUGACUGCAUUCCGUUAUAUUUAUGGCGCGGAGACACAUGGAAGAUUGGCGAAUUCAGAAGCUGAAAUCCUUCGUGAUGCUAUCAUAGAUAAGGAAUAUAAUCAUGAAGAAGUUAUUAGAAUUGUGAGUACAAGGAGCAAGCUACAACUAUUGGCAACUUUUAAUCGCUACAGAGAAGAACAUGGUACUUCUAUCACCAAGGAAUUGUUGGAUGAUUCAGAUAAUGAGUUUGCAAUGGUGCUGUAUAUAACUAUUCGAUGUCUUGUUGACCCAAAGAAGUAUUUUGAGAAGGUAUUGCGUAAUUCAAUCAAAAAGCUUGGGACUGAUGAGGAUGCAUUGACCCGGGUAAUCGUUACGAGAGCAGAGGUGGAUUUGCAAGAUAUUAAAGAGCUUUACUAUAAGAAGAAUAGUGAAUUGCUUGAACAUGCUGUGGCCAAGGACACUUCAGGGGACUACAAACACUUUUUGCUCACCUUAUUGGGGAAAGAGGAUUAAAUAUCUCCAUUUACUUCAUGGGCGUUUUAUAUUUUGAGUUGGUUUUGUUUGGAGAUUGCUACUAUAAGUUCUUCUUUGCUUUGACUUAAUUUUCUUUAUGUUGAAAUAAUGUCUAUGCACUUUCUUUUGUGGACA